AUGAGACUGCAAAAGUUCGCGCUUUCGGCGCGGCUGGAAGCUGCGCGGGAGGAGGCUGCCAAGAACCCGUGGUGGGCUUGGAGCGUUUGGCUCCUCGGCCACGUUGCGCAGCAGCUGCAGUUCUUGGUGGUGUUGGAGGUGGCCUCCCUCCCCUUCAUCGUCCACAUCAGUAUCCUGACCAGUCCCUGGCUCGCAGCCCUCCCGUUGGCUCUGCUCUUGCAAGCUCCGCAGCCGUUUCGGCCUUUCGCCCAGCCGCUUUGCCUGCAGUGGCCAGUGGACCACUCCCGGCUUGGCUUCCUGCGCCUGCAGAGGCCGGCGACCCUCUUCAGCGCUGCCAUCAUCGUGUUCCAAUUGUGA